AUGGUGGCCUCUAAACAACUCAACUAUGAUCUCAACGUGACCUUUUCUCACGGCCGGCCCUACUUCUCCAUCACCUGGCUGCGGUUCCCGGCUUUGUCACCGACCAUAAACCAUCUUUUCAUCAACGUUGACUUGCGUACCCGUGAACCGUUUCGCGAAGGUUCGCGAGCAUCCUUGAUCCCUCACGAGCAUGAGCUGGCUCAUUUGCUAGAGGACUCACGCAAGAGUUUUGCGGUGCAGCUUUUUGACUACAUCGCCAUCCUUCUCAAGACCCUGGCCAACCUUCUGGCCCAAGGUGAUCCCCACUUCAGAGUGAUCUAUACCGAGCAGAUGACGCUCAACUUCCGCACUCCAACUAAAGUCGUCGUGCCCGUGUCCAGCGGCCACAACUUGGUCAACUGUUCGCGGCGUGUGCCAGUCAAUCAAGAAGAAGCGACCGUCCUGCACGAAACUAUGCGCUACACUCUCAAGGCCACAUCGAAAGAUUUCAAGGCAUUCAACGCAAACGACUGUGAUCGGCUCAUUCCCUUGAUACAAAUAGGAUCAUUGCGGUUCGCAACCGAAGGAGAAGUAUGGGGUGAAGGACACAACUUGGUGCUCGCGCAUGAAAACUUUCAAUGGCUCCGAUAUUAG